UCGCAGACACUCGGUAGUUGUGAUCUACGCUGCACGCGCCUCUUGGCGUUCCCGGCAGUCGCCCCGCGCAUAGGGUUUAAGUCAAUAGUCACUUGACGGGCCGCGAUUUUGCAUCAAUACCGCAGCUGACAGCACACUAAGUCACCAUGAUAUUGGCAUAUUGUUGCUUUUCCCGAUAGCUGACCGAAGCUUGUCUCUCAUCUCUAGCCAUGAUGAUCGGCAAGACAUCCAAGUCUUUGGUCUGUUAGCCCUGAAUAUAUAAAUGAAGUAGCAGCUGCUAUCCAGGCCACAAUCAUGAGCCACCCGUAGCCUCCUACCCCCAAGAACUCCUUGACAUAUCUCACAAUGGGUUUCAGCAAGGUCGCCGCACUUCUACCUUUGUUGCUCUCUUCGUUUGCGACGGCUGCGCCAACAGAAGCCGCCGGACUUGAGAAUAGGGCAGAGGACUAUUCAACUAUCUACGAUGUGGUUGUAGUUGGAGGUGGUCCGGCUGGCCUCAGUGCCGCAAGCGGCCUGGCUAGAGUACGUCGGAAUGUGUUGCUGAUUGACUCUGGCGUCUAUCGUAAUGAUCCCACCCGGCACAUGCAUGAUGUGAUUGGGAGCGACGGUGUGUCUCCGGCUUGGUUCCGAUAUAAGGCCCGUGGGCAGCUCGCAUACUACUCGACGGCUAGACUGACCAACGGAACGGUAACAAGCAUUGAAGCUGCGCCGGGUGGUAAUGCUACAGCACAAGCUGGGCCGUUCACCGUCCGGACAACUUCCCCCUCGGGCGAAGAAAGUACGGCUGGCGCGCGUGGCAUCAUCCUGGCAACGGGUCUAACGGACAUCAUACCUGAUACACCCGGCGUCAAGGAGAGUUGGGGGAAAGGAAUUUUCUGGUGUCCUUGGUGCGACGGAAACGAACAUGCAGAUCAACCCCUCGGUAUCCUCAGUAACUUGGACGAGGCAGCCAGCUUAUCCCAGGAGAUCUCCACAGUCAAUGAUAACAUCAUUGCGUUUGUGAACGGGACAAACACGCCGGAGAUGCGCGAGGCAACCAACAAGAAGUUCCCAGGCUGGGAGGAAUACCUUCAGUUGCGCAACAUCACGGUAGAAAACCGCACGAUUUCCCGCCUCGUGCGUCUCGCGGACGGCGGCCAAGAUGAGCACCCUGAGGCGCCUACGUUCCCCGAGAAAGACCUAUUCCGUGUCGAAUUCACGGAAGGCCCGAGCGUGGAGCGUGCAGCGUUUUUCGCGAGCUUUCCCAACAAGCAGCACUCGAGCGUGGGCGCCGAUAUGGGCGUGCGGCUCGAUGGUGGCAGACUCGCGGCUGACAGCACGAGGGGCCUCAUGACCAACAUCCCCGGUGUCUACGCCAUCGGCGACGCGAACGCCGAUAACGUCACGAACGUGCCGCAUGCUAUGUUCUCCGGAAAGCGAGCUGCUGUCUUCUUACAUGUCGCGCUCGCUCGCCAAGAGACAGCUGCACUGCUUGCCCAGGCCAACGGAACAUCCGUUGAGGAGAGAGGCCUUGAGAAUGAACUUGACCCCCGCGCUAUCUGGGAGGUAAUGAACGGCGGAGAGGCAGAUAUCCUGGACGCAGGAGACUUUGAACAGUAAUUGAGCAUCAACGGGUAUUUCAUGAUCAACAACCUAAUGAACUAAUGCGGAACACGCUUCAGUGGGUAUGGCGGUGGCACACGGUUAUCUAAAAGUUGAAGUAUUGUAAUGUCUCAUACUCUCUGUUAGUAUUCACCUAGCUAGUAUCU